AUGAUAUGGGUUAACGGAAAGACCGACUUCUAUAUUGCCCGGCUUAUGGACGAAAUGUGCAUUAUAGGCGACCGCGUUUCCAGUCUCUAUACCGAAAUCCAAGGUGUCAAGGACCACUCUGUCAAGCUCGGUGAAAUAGUGACCGGACUACUGGACAAACAAGCGGCCGGCAACGGAGUGGCGCACCAGACUAUACGGGAUACCAUCUCGAAGCUUACCGCUGAUACAAGCGUUAAAUUCGCGGCCCUCAACGCGAAACUCCAGGAGCUCACUGACGCCGUGAACAAGAACCAGACGGCUUUGGGAGCCUCAUCUAACGACUCCGGCGACGGGUGCCGUGGUGAUCGCGACUGUAACUGUGACGGUCUAUCCCGGGACCCAUACCGUCAUCGUGAGGGCACCUAUGAUACUGGCGUCACUGCCGCCAGCCAAUCGGCAUUGUCGGUGAAGAUUCGCCGCGAGGACAUUGGCAUGUUCGACCUAUUUUUUGAUGACCCGGACGAUAUGGGCAUGGUAUUCGACGGCAAAAACGUUAUUCGCUAUAAUGAGACGUCGUUGGCUCUGAAGCAGAUUGCCAAAGACGACCAAGGCCUGGAAUAA